UUUGUACCCUUGCAUCCUGGAUAGCGCUUGUUGCCGAUGUGGCGGUUGCAAAUGCAAGGGGAGGGCAAGCGCAUUGUGAUGCCAUUGUGCGGCGGGAACAUCGACACGAGUGUGCUGGGCCGCGUGAUCGAGCGCGGGAUGGCGGCGGACGGACGUCUCGUGCGAUUCGUGGCGACGGUGCCGGACCGACCGGGCGGAGUCGCUGGCCUGGCCAACAUGUUGAGCGAAGUCGGCGUGAGCGUCAAGGACAUUUACCACGAGCGCGCGUGGCUGCACUCGAGCGUGUCGAUGGUCCAAGUCAAGUGCGUCGUUGAAACGUCGAGCUACGAGCACGGCAUGGAGCUGAAGGCGCGGCUCGAGCAAGCGGGGUACCCCCUCUUGUGGGGCAACGAAGCUGCUCGCAUGGGCGAGUAACUAGUCAAUUCACGGGCCAAAAGACUUGAUGUUUUUACACUCCCGAGGUGGGUGUCCAGACCAAACUCUUCGCAGCCAGACAGACA